UUCGGCCCAUCCCGCUGGAUUUGGAAGCGUGGCCGUGUGGGCCCCGCACGCUCGCCGUCGAGGUUCCUCGUCUUCUCUCGCCACCGUCUUCACCGCCACCGCCGGUGCCGCCGCCGGCCGGGGCGGGGGGCAGGGGUGGCGGUGGGAGCGGCUUCCCUCGCUCUCCUUCUCCCUGCGCCGGCCGGAUAACUCCACUCCGCGCCCAUCUCCGGCGGUCGUCGCGCGAGAUUCCGGCAAGGCGGUAACCGCGCGCCACUGGCUUGGGGUCGGAAGGAGUGGGCGGCAGCGGAUGAUGCGGCUGCUAGCGUCUUCCACUCCAGGACGCCCUCCUCUGCGAGCGCGCGCGGUGCUUUCUCUCCGGACCAGUACCAUGACCCUCGGUGGGUCGCGCGAGAUUCCGGCAGGCGGCAACCUUGCGCCACUGGCUUGGGGUCGGAAGGAGUGGGCGGCAGCGGAUGAUGCGGCUGCUAGCGUCUUCCACUCCAGGACGCCCUCCUCUGCGAGCGCGCGCGGUGCUUUCUCUCCGGACCAGUACCAUGACCCUCGGUGGGUCGCGCGAGAUUCCGGCAGGCGGCAACCUUGCGCCACUGGCUUGGGGUCGGAAGGAAUGGCCGGCAGCGGAUGAUGCGGCUGCUAGCGUCUUCCACUCCAGGACGCUCUCCUCUGGGAGCCCGCGCGGUGCUUUCUCUCCGGACCAGUACCAUGACCCUCGGUGGGUCGCGCGAGAUUCCGGCAGGCGGCAACCUUGCGCCACUGGCUUGGGGUCGGAAGGAAUGGCCGGCAGCGGAUGAUGCGGCUGCUAGCGUCUUCCACUCCAGGACGUUCUCCUCUGGGAGCCCGCGCGGUGCUUUCUCUCCGGACCAGUACCAUGACCCUCGGUGGGUCGCGCGAGAUUCCGAUCGGCGGCAACCGCGCGCCACUGGCUUGGGGUCGGAAGGAAUGGGCGGCAGCGGAUGCUGCUGCUGCUAGCGUCUUCCACUCCAGGACGCCCUCUUCUGCCAGCGCGCGCGGUGCUUUCUCUCCGGACCAGGAACAUGACCUCUCCCUGGCAUGGCAAGCAGCUGGAGGAGAUGAUGCCUUGCUGCAAUCACCUCUUGGACUCUCGGUGGGUGGCUGUAGCACUGUGCCUGAGUAUUAGUGUGUUCAGUUGAUGAUGAUGAUGGAGCACUUCAGGAUCAAAGUUCUAAGCCUUGUGAUAGUGACAUCCUUUCAAAUGCCUGGCCCUGUUCAAGGCCACAAGACAGUGGUACCGGCGAUCUUUGUGUUCGGGGAUGGCAUGCUAGACGUUGGCAACAACAACUACGUGCCGUCCGAUGCUCAACAGGCUGACUACCCCUACUAUGGUAUUGACUUCCCUGGCUCCAAUCCCACUGGAAGGUUCAGUAAUGGAUACAACAUGGCUGACUUCAUUGCAAGGGAUAUGGGAUUCAAGAUGAGCCCUCCAGCCUAUCUGUCACUUAACACAUCUAUAAAAAUGAAUGCCAAUUUCACCGGAGUGAACUAUGCUUCAGGAGGUGCUGGGAUUCAGACCAUCAUAAACGAUGAAGCAACGAUUCCAUUCCAUUACCAAGUGAGCAACUUCAAUGACACGGUAAGCCAGAUGGAGGCUAACCUUGGUCACCAGAAGUUGAGCAAGCUGUUGGCCAAAUCCUUAUUCCUGAUCAGCAUUGGCACCAUGGACCUAUCCGUAAAUAUCUGGAUGCUAUCAAGACAUUCCCCUAGGCCAUCACCGUUCAAUAUUCCGAAUACUCUUUCCUCCUACAAGGCCAUAAUCAUGCAGUUGUAUGGCCUGGGUGCAAGGAAGUUUGGGAUCAUCAACAUCCAGCCCUUUGGCUGCCAGCCAUGGGCGAGGCAGAACUCGAAUGACCAUGUCCAAUGCAAUGACACCAUGAACAAUCUUGCUAGGGAAUUUAAUGAUGGCCUCAAGCCCCUCUUUUCCAAUCUUAGCUCUGAGCUGAGUGGUUUAUCCUACUCCAUUGCCGACUUCUACGCCUUCUCAAAUGCCAUCUUCAUGAACCCAUUGGCUUAUGGGUUUGUGAACGUCAACAGCACAUGUUGCAACCCUCCCUGCACACCUGAGAAUGAACCACCCUGUGAAAACCGUAAACAGUACUGGUUUUGGGAUCUCAGUUACACGACGGAGCGAGCUGCUAAGCUAGCCUCCUGUGCAUUUUACGACGGCCCUGCCCGGUUCACCAUGCCGGUUAACUUCAAGCGAUUGAUUAAGAUUAAAUGAUUUUGCAUCGAUCGUAUUUUUCUAUCUUGCAAGUCCACUGACGAGGAGUUCAUCAGGUUGUUUAUGUGUGUAUGUGCUAUAUCCUUAAUCUUUCAUCUUCUACGUAUGUUUGGAUUGGUGCACAUCUUUAUCAUAUGAUACAUGGUAUGAAUUUGAGUAGAUGUAUGCAUGCCGUUGAUCGAGAAGGAUAAACUCGACUAUAUAUGACGAACUUUUAUCUUGGUGUUUUGUUUCA